AUGAAAGGAAAAGAACAUUUCCAUAACAGCAAAUGUGUCUUUUCUUAUAUUACAGAGUAUAGCCUAGUUGUAAUGGCUUUCCAGCUUGACGAUCUUCUUAGAGAUGAUAAGAAAGAUGCCAAUCUGAUACCAGAUUUGAGCAAAGCAACCUGCAAUUCGCAAGAGGAGUUUAGAAGACUGCUUGAGCGUUGUCCAGAGUAUAAAAUCAGAUCUGAAAAGGUAAAGAAAGAAGAUUCAAAAGUACGUGACAAAGAUUUCACUUGGCGUGCAACAAAGCGUGAGCUCAGAGCAAUAGAAAAAGAAUAUGGUUACGGAGACCCUGUGCCACCAGACAUGAGAGGUCUCAAUCUUGCUGAAUUACAACAAGUAUCUAUAGAUUGGAGGAUGCUAACACCAAUUCGUCCUAAGUUACGUCAGGAUGAGGAAAUGUUUUCCAGGCUGGUUGAUAUGGGGAAGUUGGAGAUAAAAACAGCUGCGAAGGAACGACACAAUUUCACAAGUCCAAUUAGGCGUAGCAAAAAUAGAGCUGGAAUAAUCGAGAGCAGUGUAAAAAUGUGUGGAGAUUGCGGUGAAGAGUUUUGUUAUGGAGAAUCCUGUGGUGACAUACUGUAUGAUUCUUGCAUACGAGUUACAGUAGCACCUCAGCAAUCAAAAAUACAAGUAUCAGCUGAUACUGCAGCUAUUAUUGCUAAAAUGGACAAACCAAAAAAAAAAUCGAAAAAGGCUAAACUUGUGCGUUCUAAGUCGAAAAAAAAGAAUAAAAGUGGUAGAAAGAAUGACAGUAAAGAUAUAACAACUGAGAAUUCACCCAAAGAAGGAAAGAAGUUCAAACGGAAAUGUAAGAAGAAGACAAACUAGUGUAGUAAAAUAAUAAAUCAGUUACAAGCCAAUGACGGAGCAAAAAAUUCACACAUUGUACACAGUGGUGUGAAAUAAAUAUAUUUCAUUAGUAUGCUCUGCAUAUAAAUCCAAAUUGCGCUGAUUCUUUUCAGCUUAUUAUCUGGAAAACAAAAAAAAAAAAAAUUAAUCUAUCAUAGUCGAGGAUGAGAAUAUCAAAACCAAUUUAAAAAUUGUAGAGUUGUUGAAUGAAUAUAAUGCCAUUACACAAAUGCUGGAAAAAUAUAGAUUUAUUCCAUUUCUUUGAAUUCACAAGAUUUUCACAAUCCAAAACUUGAUUUCAUUUUGACCCUGACACUAUUUAGUGCCUAUUAUUUAUUCUUCUAUAUUUUUUCCCCAAUUAAAGAUAUAAAUAUACCCAUUGUGUAUCAGUACCCAUUCAUUCAGAUUAUAUCUGGUAUAGG